UCUAUUUUACUUAACAUAAAAGGCCAAAAAAACUAUAAAUAUUAUUGAAAGAGUCACUGUAGCGAUUAAAUACCCUUAAUUUUUUAUAAAAUUUUAUUUUUUUAUUUCCUUAUGUUUUUUUAAAUACAAUUAUAUAAAGUCCUAAUAGACUACAGCAGAAUUAUUACAUGUACACUUAACAUAAUUUUCUAAAACAUCAGUAUUCUUACAUAAUUUAAACUAUUAUGAAUCCGCAUCCUAUAAUUCUAAACAGACUAAAUUUGAUAAAUUAGAAGCAUUUUAUAUAUCGAAAACAAAUGUAAUUUCCUAAACUAAAGGUAAGUAGGAAACAUUAUUCAAUUACUAUAAAUUCCUAUUAUUUUUUUAAAUUUCGAAAACCCUAUAUUCGACAAAAGGAAAAAAUAGAUUCUAAUCUUCGAAAAUAUUGGUUGUGAAAACAUGAGGAUUAUACUUACAAGCCAUUUAAAUAACUCUAUAUUUCUUAUUUUAACUUUUUUUUGUAAAAAAAAUAUUCUAAUAAUCACCUCCCUAUUCUUUUUCAAUAAAAUUCUUCUCUUCUA